GCUGCGGUUGUAAAUGGGUCAACAUUUAAAUGCCUUGUCUGUGCUCACUUUAUGUUUGUAAAUAUUUUCCCAUUCCCAGCAAAGGUUCCCUGUUCUUUUUGUAGGCAUAUAUGAGAUAAUACUUUCUUAGGAUGGUCAAAGGUAAAACUGCAGGUAUAGUUGGAGGCAAGGAAAACCUGAAGAAUAUCAAAGAAAAUAGUACCACGGUUCAAGAGGUUAAGAAAAGUAUGGAAGAUCAGAAAGAAAUUUCAGAUCCUCUUUCUCCAAGAAUCACAAAAUUCUUUCACACAACCCUGAAAGAAGUGGAUGAAAGAAGUCUACCCAAAAGAGCUCUUUUGAAGGAACCAAGCCCUCUUCUUCAGUCAGAUGGUGUAAUAGAUGUAUCAGCCCAGCACACAUUUAAUUGCAGCAAAAGUGACAGUAUACCCAACUCACAAUUGACUUCAAAGCAAAAUGAAGUUGAAGUGACAAUCCAAAGUGAUAAACCAGAAACAGCACCAGCUGCUGCAACAGCAGGGGUGAAGUCUAAGCAAGGCAUUCGGGGUAAGAAAGGUUUGAAGAAGUCAAGCAGUGUGGCAGACAGUCCAUCUCAACCAAGACCAAAGACAACAAAGAAGAAGAGAAGCACUACAGAAGUGAAAAGUCACAUGGUAACUGACUAUUUUCCUGUGAGAAGAAGUGAAAGAAGACCAAAGAAAGAGAUAAAGGAAGAAGAGCAGAAGCAUCUUCAUGAAGUUAUAUUGUCUGGAAAAGAAGAAGGUCUAAAGGUUGUGGACUUUGAGGGAAAAGGUCGAGGGGUGGUAGCAACCAAGCCAUUUAAAAGAGGCGAUUUUGUGGUGGAGUAUGCAGGGGACUUGAUAGACAUUGAGGAGGCUAAGAGAAGGGAUGCAAAAUAUGCCACAGAUUCCAAGUAUGGGUGCUACAUGUACUACUUUGUCUUCAAGAACAAAAAAUACUGUGUUGACGCCACAGCAGAAUCGGGUCGCCUUGGAAGGCUUCUGAAUCACAGCAGUAAAUCUGGGAACUGUACGACUAAACUUAUAGGUGUAAAUGACACACCACAUCUUAUACUGGUAGCUGCUGUAGACAUAGAAUGUGGGGAAGAAUUGACCUACGAUUAUGGAGAUAGGAGUAGAACCUCCAUAGAAGCACAUCCUUGGUUGAAGUCCUGAUAAUGACAUUUUCAAUAAAAUUUACAAAAUUUUCCGAAAUUUUGAGUAGUGGAUAGGUUACUCUUUUUCAAAGAAAAAAACAUCAGUAUUGUCAUAAGUGCACAGUCUUGCUAUGCUCAAAUAAACAUUUGAUGAAAGAAUUGCAGAUAAUACAUUUAGUGUAUGUACUUUUAAUGUCAGUGGUCAGUCAUUCUUCUCUCUUUGUGGGAAAGAAUCUCAAGAGAUUUUAAUUUUACAUUAGUUCUGCGAUGUCUGAUAUUUUAUUUAUAUCCAUUUUGACAUUUUAGAAGAAGUAAAGUUAAGUGUUAGUGCCUUUUUCUGUCAGAAAUUAACAUAUCUGAGUUGUGAACAUUUUCAGUGGGAUUCAUUGAAGAUAAUUACUUAAAUUUUGUAAAUAUAUUUAGCCCAACGAUUGAUGUAGUUUUAAAUAGUCAUAUCUUAUAAAAUUUCCAGUCUUACCAUUUGAA